GCUCCAAGGUUGGUUUCCUCCCCCUCCCCCUCUUUGAGCUGUCGAGUGAACUAACAUAGAGCUUUUCUCCAUUCUUCCUGUCCUUCAUCCUACAAUCCAACAACGCAAUAGGCACUCAAUUGCUCAGCACCGGAUACGGGGAACAUGGAAGUCUUUGCCAAAUACGGCACCGCCGCCCAGAAACAGAAAUACCUCGUCCCACUCAUGAACGGUCAGAUCCGUUCCGCCUUCGCCAUGACCGAGAUCGCCGUCUCCUCCUCGGACGCGACCAACAUCGAGACCCGGAUCGAACGUGUCGGUGACUACUAUAUCAUCAACGGACACAAAUGGUGGAUUUCCGGCGCGGGCGAUCCCCGUUGCAAGGUCUAUCUGGUCAUGGGGAAGAGUGACCCGAAUAACGAGAGUCAGUACAAGCAGCAAUCGAUCGUAAUUGUGGAUGCGGAUACACCGGGGGUGGAGGUCGUGAGGCCGAUGACGGUGUAUGGAUAUGAUGAUGCGCCCGAGGGACAUUGCGAGGUCAAGUUCACGAACGUGAAGGUGCCCGUGGGGAAUAUCAUCGCGGGCGAAGGGAGGGGGUUUGAGGUCAUUCAGGGACGUCUUGGACCUGGACGCAUUCAUCACUGCAUGCGGGCGGUUGGAAUGGCAGAGCGUACUCUGGACUUGAUGAUCGCCCGAGUGACGGACCCCUCACGCCGAACGUUCGGACGCGUGCUCGCCCAACACGGCACCGUGGCCGCAGAUGUGGCCAAGAUCCGUAUUGAGCUCAAUGCUGCCCGAUUGCUGGUCCUGGCCGCGGCCGAUAAGAUCGACAAAGUCGGUGCCAAGGGUGCGUUGCGCGACAUUGCCAUGGCCAAGGUCAUGGUCCCCAAUAUGCUCCAGAGAGCCAUUGAUCUGGCGAUUCAGGCACAUGGCGCCGCUGGUGUUAGUCAGGACUUUCCUUUGGCCAGAUUCCAUGCCGGGGCGCGUGCUCUUCGCAUCGCAGAUGGUCCUGAUGAGGUGCAUAUUCAACAACUGGCACGAUUCGACCUACUCCGCGGCGACGAUAUUCGAAAGAAGCAAGAGGCCGUCAAGGCGCGCCGCGCUCAGAUUUUGGCGAACCAUUCCAAGCUGUAAACGUCGCUGUGCAUCCUUCACACGAUAGUAAUAAAGAGAGAAAAAAAAAAGAGGGGGGCCUUUGAGAUGACGAUGAAU